AUGUUCUGGGGAGCGCUGCCAGCAGCCCCUAAAUCCCCACUCCAGGCCUUUGUUUACAGCCCCUUCCUGCAGAUGGGCCACACUUCAUUUUAUGGCAGAUUCAGGCACUUCCUGGACAUCAUCGACCCCCGCACUCUCUUUGUGACCGAGAGCCGCCUGAAGGAAGCGGUGCAGCUGCUGGAGGAUUACAAACACGGCACUCUGCCCCCAGGAGUCACCAACAAAGAGCUGUGGGGAGCUCAAAAAAUCAAACAGGCCAUCAUCCACCCCGACACAAACGAGACCAUCUUCAUGCCUUUCCGAAUGUCAGGUUACAUUCCCUUUGGAACCCCCAUCGUUGUUGGUCUUCUCCUGCCCAACCAGACCCUGGCCUCCACUGUGUUUUGGCAGUGGUUGAACCAGAGCCACAACGCGUGUGUGAACUAUGCAAACCGCAACGCGAGCAAGCCUUCUCCGACAUCCAAGUUCAUCCAGGGCUACUUGGGAGCUGUCAUAAGUGCUGUCUCAAUUGCAGGGCACGUUAGAGGGGCAGGACACACGGACAAGGAUCUUGGCAGAGUUUUGUCCCCUGAGAAGUUUUGGUGGAGGUGUCCCUGUGGAUUUUUCCAAUCCAGCUCCCUGUUCCCGAUAAUUGUGUGCGGGGCUGCGCUGACAGCCUGCGAAUGGGGUGUGAUGUCCAUAAUCAGCCGGGGAGAGCUGCAGCCCUCCCGCUGCCCCUGUCCUCGCUCGGGAGACAUUCGGGAGCUGGAGGAAGUCAGGAGAGGGAUGGAGGGGAUGGAGCGUGGCCUGGCUCCCUCCUCCAUGGGAGCAGGAGGAGAAUCCCAGCGGAUCCGAGGAGCUUCUGUGCUAAAUGAAGGUUGAAAUGAAGCGGUGCCUGGCUCCAGAGCCUGCAUCUCUGCGCUCAGAAGCUCCUGUUCCUGCACAUCCCUUUCCCCUGUUCUCCGGUUCCAGAAGGGAGUGCUUGGAUGUCCCAGACUGGAAACUCAGCCUGGCAGCUCCUCCAGGGGCCCAGAAACGGCUGGAGCUGCAGCAGCCAUUCCCAAAGGCACAGCCCUGAGGCUGCAGUGGGAGACAGGGACAUGGGGUUUUCUGGGAAUGCUCCCAGUGCCCGGCACCAUCCUGUCCCUGCAGUUAGGAGCACCUGGCACUGCCGGGUCCUGCCAAGCCCAUCCCUGGGAGUGUCCAGGCCAGGCUGGACGGGGCUUGGAGCAGCCUGGGCUGCCGGGAGGUUUCCCUGCCCGUGGCAGGGGGUUGGACGUAGAUGAUCCUUAAGGUUCCUCCCAACCCAGCUUGCUCCGGGGUUCCCCAGCUCCAUGUGCCUCUCUGCAGCAUUUUCUCUCUCGUUUUGCUGUGGUGUCUCCAUUUCCAGCAGGUUUGUUCUCAUCCCUUCUCUUCCCUCUGCCCCAGCCCAUCCCCACAACCCCCAGUGCUGCCUCUGGACAGGAUCCAGGUGCAUGGAAAACUCGGGAUGAGACAGCACCCUCCUGUCUUGGGCAUGGCCCCUCAUCCUCCUUUCUCCACCAUCUCCCAAACCAACUUUGGCCAGUUCUCAGCAUGAAUCCUGCUCUUCUCCAGCCUUGCUCCAGGCUACAUAAUUUCCUUCCCCUGGAGCAUCCAACUGUGGGGUCAUCCCUCCUGGAAUUGUCUUGGAGUGAUGUUUCCUCCUUCCCUUUCUCUUGCUCCUCUCUAACUUCCUUCCCCACUCGGAUCCUCAUUGCUUUCCCUUCCCUUCGGCUCCUCCAUUCUGUUCUCCUUGGCUUGGGAAAGCUCCAGUUGGGAAGGAGCCCAGUUUUCCAUCUCUCUGCCUCCAUCCUCACCUCCCAGCCCUAAUGAAUGAGUUUUUUCCUUCUUCUCCUAAUGCUCUUUUCUCCAGCUUGGCUGAAUGGGACUCACCAGAUCCAAUUAUUUCUAAUCCAAUCUGGUGACGGGGGGAUGAGGGAUAACCCAGCCAGUCCCUCUUUCCAAGUGGACUUUCCAGGUCCCUUGGAGCAGCCAGCUCCAGCUGCAGUGCUCAGGACUUGGAUCCCUUAAACCAGUGGAGAUUUCUCCAGCGCAGUCCACCAAGUCUGGAGAGUGGCUCAGCAACGUUUGGGUGGUGUCAUCUCCCAGCUAAUGCUCACUGAACUCCUGAGAUUCCUUUAUUUUAUAAAAAUUCCCUCCCAAUAUGAAAUUAAAUAACUCCUUGGAUGUAUUUACUGCUCUAGGCCGGGUUUAAGAGGCGUGGUCUCGGUCAUUGCCAAUGUUGGGAAUUCAAAACCAUCUCUCAGGCUUCAAAAAUCUUCAUAAAAAGGCGGAAAAAAGCAGGGAAUUUUUUUUUUAAAUCCCCAUGGUUUUAGAAUUGGUGUUUUGGUAGACGUGAGGUCAGAAUUUUUCGAGACAAGAAGGAGAAGAAAAGGAAUCCAAAAUGUUGAUCUCCGACAGUGACUGGUGGUUCUG